CCGACAACAGGUGCACAUUCCUGGGCGCCUCGUCACUUCCCCUGGCCUGGCGGCCUCGGCCGCUCUUCGGACAAACCCACUGAGCGAAAUCGGCAGGGCCAUGGCCUUAGGGGCGCUGCUUCUGAUUCUGGGGAUACUCGGGACGCCCCUCGCCCCAGGAGCCCGCGGGUCGGAAGCCGAAGGCCAACUGCUUAAGAAACUUUUCUCGGAUUAUGAUAGCUCAGUAAGGCCGGCGCAGGAGGUGGGAGACCGCGUCGGGGUCAGCAUCGGCCUCACCCUGGCGCAACUCAUCAGCCUGGUGAGAGAGAACGAGAAGGAUGAAGAAAUGAGCACAAAGGUGUACUUAGACCUGGAGUGGACCGACUACAGGUUAAGCUGGGACCCCGCAGAACACGAUGGCAUCGAGUCUCUCCGUGUCACUGCUGAAUCUGUUUGGCUCCCGGACGUGGUGCUGCUGAACAACAAUGAUGGAAACUUUGACGUUGCCCUGGACAUUAAUGUCGUGGUGUCCUUUGAGGGCUCUGUGCGCUGGCAACCCCCUGGCCUGUAUCGCAGCAGCUGCAGCAUCCAGGUCACCUACUUCCCCUUUGACUGGCAGAAUUGCACCAUGGUGUUUAGUUCCUACAGCUAUGACAGCUCUGAGGUCAGCCUGAAGACAGGCCCAGAUCCUGAUGGACAGGAGAGGCAGGAAAUCUACAUCCAUGAAGGGACCUUCAUCGAGAAUGGUCAAUGGGAGAUUAUCCACAAACCCUCUAGGUUAAUCCACCUUCCAGGGGAUCGAAGAGGAGGGAAGGAAGGACAUCGUGAGGAAGUUAUCUUCUAUCUCAUUAUUCGGAGGAAGCCUCUCUUCUACCUGGUCAAUGUCAUUGCCCCGUGCAUCCUCAUCACCCUCCUGGCCAUCUUUGUUUUCUACCUUCCACCAGAUGCAGGAGAGAAGAUGGGGCUCUCCAUCUUUGCCCUGCUGACCCUCACUGUGUUCUUGCUGCUGCUGGCCGACAAAGUGCCUGAGACCUCCCUGGCGGUCCCCAUCAUCAUCAAGUAUCUCAUGUUUACCAUGAUCCUUGUCACCUUCUCAGUUAUCCUUAGCGUUGUGGUCCUCAACUUGCACCAUCGCUCACCCCACACCCACCAAAUGCCCUUUUGGGUCCGCCAGAUCUUCAUUCACAAGCUCCCUCCAUACCUGGGUCUGAAGAGGCCCAAACCCGAGAGAGACCAACUACCCGAACCACAUCACUCCUUCUCCCCAAGGAGUGGCUGGGGCCGAGGAACUGAUGAAUAUUUCAUACGGAAGCCUCCAUGUGAUUUUCUUUUCCCUAAACUUAACAGGUUUCAGCCUGAAUCACCUGCUCCGGACCUGAGACGAUUUAUCGAUGGUCCACCCCGGGCUGUAGGUCUGCCUCAGGAGCUACGCGAGGUCAUUUCUUCCAUCAGCUACAUGGCCCGACAACUUCAGGAACAGGAGGACCACGAUGCACUGAAGGAGGACUGGCAGUUUGUCGCCAUGGUUGUGGACCGUCUUUUUCUGUGGACAUUCAUCGUUUUCACAAGCGUCGGGACGCUAGUCAUUUUCCUAGAUGCCACGUACCAUUUGCCCCCUCCUGAACCUUUUCCUUGAGGACCCUCCGGUCAUUUUUGCCAAGUGCUGCAGAAAGCUGUCGACAUGCUGUUGCCUGCAACUUGCCGGAGCUUAUCAGUGGCUGCCCACUCUGGUCAGGGUACUCACACCAGACAAGCUUUCAUCUACCUGAUCAGCCUUACUCACGCUCCCAGCUAUUCCUCCAUAAGGAUGGAUACCCAGCAGGCAAGAUGAAGCCAAGGAGACAGGAGUGGAGGAAGGAGCUCUUAUGUCCACGAUAAUCUCUGCCCUAGUGUACCUUCAAACCAGAAAAGAGUUGGACCUGGUUUAAGCAAAGGUUAUUCUGGGACAUAGAAAUCUUGAACCUGGGGUUGGGGAUUUAGCUCAGUGGUAGAGCGCUUGCCUAGCAAGCGCAAGGCCCUGGGUUUGAUCCCCAGCUCCGAAAAAAAGGGGAAAAAAAAAAAAGAAAUCUUGAACCUAACACUUACACCUAGCACUUAAGGAUGUGUCUAAAAGUGUGUGUUUCGGGGAGACACUGCAUUUUUUAAGAAGGGGCCUUGUGAGAAAGGGGCUAUCCUGGAACUCUAUGUAACUAAAGAUGACCCUGAACUCCUGAUCCUCUUGCCUUUACCUCUCAUGUAGAGGUAUGUGCCAUCAUGUUGGGCUGAGAACCAGAUCUGCAUUCUACCCAAGCUACGUCUCCAGCUCCUGAGUCUCUACCUAGGGUCAGCUGGAGUCGAGGGAUGUAAGUGCAGUGAAGCCCCUGGAGGCAACAGGCUACAGCUCAGGGUCCCUGCUGAGCAAAGAAAACAAAUGCCUGCCCCACCCACCAGCCACACAAAUGAUCGCAACUGGCAUCGCUGUGAGCAGAGUUCAUUUGUCUUGUUGAUUUAUUGGCCUAGAGAAUUGAAAACACACAAAUCUGGAGAUAAAUAUUGGUCAGAUUCUCUAAAUCUGGGUCCUCACUACGUAUAGAGCUAGAGUCUGUAAAAUUCUAAAUCUUGCGUGCUGUGGCACAGAACCAGUAGCUUCCCACUUUUUCCCUUCUCCCCAGGUCACAUGGGGAAAGAGGGCACAAACUGACAAGACUUGAUCACCUCCAAAUGACAAAAUUGCAAAAUCCCAAACUCCCAGCACC